GUCUUUUACGCAAAACAACCAAACCGCCACUCAAAACACCGAAGAAAUUUCAACCAUUGCGUCGUCUUCUUUUCCGCCGAUAGAUUCUUGCGUCUGAAGAAAGACCAGUCUUGAGCUAUCCCAACGAACCAUCUCGCGUGCAUCAGCAUAUCAACACCCAUUCAGCAACAGCCAUGUCGGACGCCGCUUCUCCGGCGGGUUCCCCUGCUGCCGAACCCACUGAGCAUCGCGAUGAGGACCAGGUCAACGAGACACACCAGGACGACGGAAGCAAUCACGGAGGAAAUGACGAGGAUAACGAUGGAGGCAACGAUAAGGAUUCCGAUGUUCUGUCCGAAAUCGACGAAAAUGAGUUCGGCGAUGAUUACGGCUCCCGGCCCGUUGACAUUGACGAAAAUGUGGCCAUGAAGCUGAAGGCGCGGAGAAAGACGACUACAGAGACGACGAAGAAGCCAAAAGAAGGACGGAGGCCCAAGAAGCGGUCGCGUGGUGACGAUGACGUUGACGCUGCGGAUGACGACGGUGAGCGCCGACCACGCAAGGUCCGCGCCGAGGGCGAGCGGCGUGCUAGGAAGGAGGUAGAGGAGCAGCAAGCACAGCAGGAAGAGAACCUCACCCCAGACGAGCGCAGACGGCGCGCUUUGGAACGCGCUAUUGACGCUGCUGUCAAGAACCCCACCAAGCGCAGGCGAAAGAAGGACGAUAUCGACCUCGAAGAGGAGACGGAUGAACAGAUUGCAAACCUCAAGGUUGCCAUGGAGAAGGCCUGCGUAGCCGACAACGAAGCCCGCGAACAAAAACAGCCGGCCGUGCACAAGCUCAAGCUCCUACCUCAAGUUACCGCGAUUCUAAACCGGACCGCAAUCCAGGACUCUGUACUCGAUCCCGAAAUCAACUUCCUCCAGUCUGUCAGAUAUUUUCUGGAACCUCUGAACGAUGGAAGUCUACCUGCGUACAACAUUCAGCGCGCCAUCAUGAGCGCGCUCAUGAAGCUUCCCAUCAACAAAGAUGUGCUAUUAAGCAGCGGCAUUGGCAAGGUCGUCGUUUACUACAACAAGAGCAAGAGCCCCAGCGCGGACAUCAAACGUGAUGCGGAGCGGUUGCUGGGCGAAUGGAGUCGCUUGAUCCUGAAGAGGACUGACGACUACAAGAAACGUCACAUUGAGAUGCGUGAAAUUGAUGUCGGUGCUGUGAAGCUAGGCCAACGCGAAGGCGGCAGCUCCCAAGUGACACUGACCCAGCGUCCCGCCGGCAAGUCCCGCUACGAAAUCGAGCGCGAGCGCGCCCUCGCUCCCGAAGUACGCAACAACAACCGCGCCAGGCCCGUCGGUCUUCCCGCAAGCUACACCAUUGCUCCCAAGAGCACGUAUAUCCCAGGCCAGGCGCCGACCGAUCAUCGCCCCAUUGGUCACAGCGGUCACGAGGCUUUCCGGAGGAUGACCCAGAAGGGCAAAGGCAAGCGUUAAGAAAGUCGAUUCAUAUCCUCGUUCCGGGGUUAUCGCUCGAAUCUCGUAACAAUACGAUACAUUCAGAUCAAACGGUUGAUCAGUACAUAUAGAUAUGGCUGAGCUCAAUCGACGUGGGGGAACGAAGGGAUGAAAAAUGGAUAUAACAAACAGCGAGCAGAGUUGAAAACACCAAGGAGAUGGGGGCACGACUGCCUCCUAGCUGGAUUCCUUCCCGGGCAAGCAAAUAAAGAAAAACAUGAUCAGUGCUAUUGCUGCUGCUGCAGGAGUUGCUAAGGGACGAUGAUAUGGUUGGGUGAAGGAUUUUUCUACAUUUCCACAAACGAACGACAGGGUCGGCUCGGUUCUCGCUCACACAUCCAUAGAAUGAAAUAGGGGCAUCUCGCUGGGCAAGCUGCGGGGCGCAAAUUAAUCGUUGCACAUUGAUACACUUGAACACGUUUUUCUCCUUGCGGAAAAGUUGGACUGAUCAUAUCCAGAUGGCCGUUCCCACCUGGUUCUUAUAAUGGAUUCAGUUUUUUAUCGAGCAGGUCAUAAUGGGGUCAAUGGAUGGAAUUACUAGCACCGACAUACCUGCUACCGACGAAAUGCCAAGAAUAGACUAGUAGAUAACUUACAGACUCACGUCUUUCGUAUCUCAAGUCAUGGUCCA